GGUUAACUGGAUUAAUUGUAAUUUAUAAUAAAUUGCUUGAAUUAUAUCCGAUUAAAAAACAUAGUGGACAACUUCUUUUUAUAUUUUUCCACAAUAUAUAGCGAUACUAUGUUGACCCUUCCUAAAAAAAAUCACUUCAAAACCACCAGUUGCGACUAAGUAGUACCCAUGCAUGUACUACAAAUACCCUUACACCACUUGGAAAAUCAACACGCCUUCAAUUAAAUCAAAUCAAAUUUAAAGGUUCAUUAGCUACUUCAAGAAACUAAUGGCCGCAGUUGGAGCCAGUGCUACCCUCCUAACAAACACCAAAAGCGCUGAAGAGCCGGUGCGUCCUGUGGCCAACUUUCCUCCUUCUGUAUGGGGUGAUUUGUUCCUAUCGUUCUCUCUUGACAAUUCGAUGAUGGAAGAAUAUGCUGAAGCCAUGGAAGAACCAAAAGGACAAGUGAGAAAAUUGAUCUUGGAUCCUACAAUGGAUUCAAACAAGAAAUUGAGCUUGAUUUAUACCGUUCACCGUCUUGGUCUAACAUACAUGUUCUUUAAAGAGAUUGAAGGCCAGCUUGAUAGACUUUUCAAAGAGUUCAACUUGGAAGAUUAUGUUGAAGUUGAUUUAUACACAAUUUCGACCAACUUUCAAGCUUUCCGACACCUUGGUUACAAACUAUCUUGUGAUGUGUUUAACAAAUUCAAGAACUACGACUCGAAUACAUUCAAGGAAUCUAUUACCAGUGAUGUGAGGGGUAUGUUAGGCUUAUAUGAAUCUGCACAAUUGAGAUUGAAAGGAGAAAAGAUUCUAGACGAAGCAUCGGCAUUCACAGAAACUAAACUGAAGAGUUUAGUAAAGACUCUGGAAGGCAGUCUUGCACAACAGGUGAAACAAUCCUUGAAAAGACCAUUUCAUCAAGGGAUGCCAAUGGUAGAGGCAAGGCUAUAUUUCUCCAACUAUCAAGAAGAAUGCUCCAGACAUGACUCACUACUAAAACUUGCAAAACUUCACUUCAACUAUUUGCAGCUACAACAAAAGGAAGAACUUAGGAUUGUUUCACAGUGGUGGAAGGAUAUGAGGUUUCAAGAGACUACUCCUUAUAUAAGGGAUAGAGUACCAGAGAUUUAUUUAUGGAUAUUAGGACUCUACUUUGAACCUAGAUACUCUUUGGCACGAAUCAUUGCCACUAAGAUUACGUUGUUUCUCGUGGUGCUAGAUGACACAUAUGACGCUUAUGCUACCAUUGAAGAGAUCCGCCUUCUAACAGAUGCAAUAAAUAGGUGGGAUAUUGGUGCUAUGAGCCAAAUUCCAGAGUACAUUAGACCAUUCUACAAGAUUCUCUUGGAUGAGUAUGCUGAACUUGAGAAGCAACUAGCUAAAGAAGGGCGUGCAAAUAGUGUUAUUGCUUCAAAAGAAGCGUUCCAAGACAUAGCUAGAGGGUACCUUGAAGAGGCUGAGUGGACAAACAGUGGAUAUGUGGCAUCAUUUCCAGAGUACAUGAAGAACGGAUUAAUCACUUCUGCCUACAAUGUUAUUUCCAAAUCUGCUUUAGUGGGAAUGGGUGAGAUAGUGAGUGAAGAUGCUUUGGCUUGGUAUGAGAGUCAUCCACAGAUUCUGCAAGCUUCAGAGUUGAUUUCCAGACUUCAAGAUGAUGUUAUGACAUACCAGUUCGAGCGCGAAAGAGGACAAUCCGCCACAGGUGUUGAUGCAUACAUCAAGACCUAUGGCGUAUCAGAAAAAGAAGCAAUCGACGAGCUCAAGAAAAUGAUUGAAAAUGCAUGGAAAGAAAUCAACGAGGGGUGUCUCAAGCCAAGAGAAGUCUCAAUGGAUUUGCUUGCCCCAAUUCUUAAUCUUGCUCGAAUGAUAGAUGUGGUAUACAGGUAUGAUGAUGGGUUUACUUUCCCAGGAAAGACCCUCAAAGAGUACAUUACCCUCCUGUUUGUUGGUUCUUCACCCAUGUAAUAAUAGAAAAUUUAUUGGUUGUUGUUUCGUAUCUCUAUUACAAUUUCUCAUAUGAUUGUUGUACCAUUUAAGAAUAUUUAUAUAUUUUGUAACAUAAAAGACAAUGUCGUUUUAUGAAUUUAUUUAUGACUUGGUAUAA